GCGAGCAGAACUCUGUUUACAUUUGCUUCGUCAGCUGUCCCGGAGAGCAAGACCGAGGAGGUGGCAGCCGCAGCAGUAGCGACUGAAGAUCUUAAAGGACAAAGCUGUUGACUCGUGGUAGGACGAAGGUGCGAUGGGCUCUGAGCAGCUGCAGCAGCUGGAGGUGGUGGGACAUCUCAAAGAACCUGCGUUCCAGGUGGCAAAAUGUGCGGCAGAGGCUCUGAGGCUGAAUUUUCCAACUAAGAUCGCAGAGCCUGUAUUGCUUCCCUUACAAGAAUUUGCAUGGCAUGAAUAUUUACAGGAGAAGAAAAAGGAACUGCGAGGCGAAAUAUGGGAGUACCCCUCCAGGGUGAUGUGUUUUGUUGAUGGGCGGCUGCUGGGAAACGAGAAGAAACUGCUCGAGUGGGCUUUUGAAAAGUGGAACUAUCAGGAUUUUAAACCUGAGGCACUUUACCAAGCUAUUACUGAGGACUUCUGCACAAAAUAUAUGAGAAAUACCCAGCAUGUGUUUGUGUAUUUGGAUGCAGCUAUUCAGGAACAGCCCUUAGGGACACUGUUGUUUGAGCUCUAUUCUGAUGCAUGCCCCAAGACUUGUGAGAAUUUCCGUGCUCUGUGUACAGGAGAAGCAGGGAUCUCUCACAGUGGUGUGCAACUUACUUACAAAGAAUCCAUUUUUCAUCGAAUAGUAAAAAAUGGCUGGAUACAAGGAGGAGACAUUGCAGGUGGAAGAGGAGAUGAUGGUGAGUCAAUUUUUGGACCCACUUUUGAAGAUGAGAACUUCUCAAUCCCUCACAAUAAAAGAGGGGUCCUUGGGAUGGCCAAUAAGGGGCGUCACAGCAAUGGAUCACAGUUCUACAUCACACUACAGCCAGCUCCCUACCUGGAUAGAAAAUAUGUGGCUUUUGGACAGCUGAUUGAGGGUACGGAAGUUCUUCAGAAACUGGAAGAUUUACCUACAUGCAACGAAAGGCCUGUAGUAGAAUGUAAAAUUAUUAGCUGUGGAGUUUUUGAGCCUUGACUGCAAGCUAAUUUUCCUUUUUACUGUAGCUUAUAACAGUACAGCGUAUACAUGUUUUUCUAAUCAGAUUUUGUAGAUUUUGAAGGCACUUUUUUUACAAACACCCCCUCCCCCAAUGUGUACAAAUAAAAAAUGUUGGCAUGUUUCCUUCCAUUCUAAGAAUGUUUUUGUGCCUUGUUCAAAAAUACUCAUGUGAGUGGUACUAAAGGUUUUGGGAAUGUACCUAGCUGCCAGUAUAGUUAUAUAGACAACUAUGGUGACUCCCCAAUAGCAGGUAUAUUGCUAUAGUAAUGAAAGGACAAAUUUGUAUUGUUGGCUCAAUUUUGGCACUCCUAAUGCUCUGUUUACUCAGUAAACUUGCCAUGCUUGGCAGCAGCUUCCAAAGUACUGUAGCCAUAACCAUGUGGCAUUAUGGACACAGUCAUUCAGCAGUGCUAAAUUAGCCUGCCAAAGCACAGUGUCAACAUGGCUAUCCACCUUCCUGGUUAGGGAACAACCCACACAGAGCAGCACAGCAUGUUUGAGGUUAUUGCUACCAAGCCCAGUUAGUUUGCUCUUUGUGGACCUAGGCUUAAGACAUGCUGAAGCUGCAGUGCACUGUAGUGAUACCCAUGGAAACUUUAAGCUAACCUUAACUUAGCUCAGAUACUGAAACGGUCUAGGUACAGUAGCAUGGAGCUCUAUGCUCAGUAGUUUUAUGAGAAUCAUGGGGGGUGCUUGUGAAGUAAGUCAUGGUUCAACAUAAGGGUUGCAAAAUGGAGACUUCUCUCAAUGUCUGAAGCAUGAUUUCAUUUCCCUCCCCCCCACCCCAUCCACCCACUGCCCUGUGCUGUCUCUGGCUGCCCUGGGGAUAGGGGGAGUUCCAGAGCUGCUCAUGUCUCUCUAGCCAGGCUACACAGGGAGCAGCAGCAGCGGCCCACUUUCCCUCCCCUUCCCAGUCUCUUUGCUAUCUCUGCUGCUGUCCGCAGCUGAGCCUGGCUCCCUGCGCUACCCAUUUGGAGCAGGGCAAGAGCUGCUCUGG